UUUAUGUCGAAACCACCCGUUUUGACUCCUCCACUUCGGAAACGGACUGAGUAAAAGCAAAGGAAAAGAAGAGUUUGAGAGAGACAGAGAGCGUCUGCGUAGCUGAAAGUAAUCGACUUCCAAUCUCUGGGUCACUCAUGGGGGGGCAUAUAGAGAAAUAGGUUUGAGACCCACUUCGGGUUUUCUUCAGUACUGCAAAAUGGUAGCGAGAACCCCACCAAAGCAGACGAAAAUGGCAGCGCCUCUCAAUCCGGUCCUACUCAGAGAAACUGUAAAAAAGGUGGAUAGGUGUAUGGCUAGGUUGCAGGAGCUGCAGUAUACCGUGACAGGCGGGACAAAGGUGAUCUCCGGGGUGAGUCUCAGCCCUCGAAGUACCAGAGGCUAUCUGAGGACUAGUCUCAGAUGCAAGCAAGAGUCUGUAAGGAUCAAGAAUGCUGCUUCCAAGAUAUCUCCAGGGAAGUUUCCAGCUCCUCAAUCAGCAGGGGAGUGGCGCAGGAUGUCAUUACCAGCAAUGCUUGUAGGAGAAACAGUUGGAGAAAUUCUACAGGCAAGCCAAUUUGCGAGAGAAAUAGCAGCAGCAGUUGCCAACAAAACCACCCUUGAAGAUCCAAAAACUCCGGUAACUCAUCGGAGAAACCAGAAGCCACAACUCGAAAACACGGAAUUAAGGAGCAGAAGAAAGAGGGAGAAGCAAAACAAGCUGCAAUUAAUUCGAUCGGAGUCUGAUUCACCAUCACUCCAAAGGGCUCGAUCACGAAUCAACUUCAAGGUUUCCUCACCUCCAAAGGUCAGAGAACUGGGAAAAGAAAACAACCGAUACUUGGCAAAUAGGGUAUCCCCAAAGAAUAGGCCGUGGGUGAAAAAGACCGUUCUAUUCCCCAACCCAUUGUUCCUGUCUACAGCUUCUGCAAAGCAACAGAAUUUCUGCAAGACAAGGUCUCCCGUUACAGCAAGAAACAAAGAGACACCCCAUAAGUUCUUGAUUAAGUCCCCGUCCUCGGCUUCUUCCAAGUUUCAAGUCAAGAUCAAGAGCCCGCCGGUGGUGGGGUCUCUUUCUCCGACAAGGCCUAAGAGCUUGACCCAGAAGUCACCAAAGAUGUCAGCUGCCUUGAAAUUUCGCCGGUCUUUCUCUCCUUCAAGACUGGCAACCAGAUUGGCGUCUCCAUUGAGGAGCACAAAGGGUGUCCGCUCUUUCUCUCCUUCAAGACUGGCAACCAAAUUGGCGUCUCCAUUGAGGAGUAGAAAAGGAGGUGCCCAGAAGAGUGAUGGGCUAAUGAGUGGAUUGAGACAGCGUCCAACUUUGACAACAAUGCGAUUAUAAACUUGUUUGAGCAAUCGAUUUGUUUUUGCAUAGUUUUUGGGUAAGUAGUCUGUGAUUCUUUCUUGCUGUCCAUAGUUUUUUCUUUCACUUUGGUGUGGUGUGUGUCUGAGCAUUCCAUUGUAUUGGUUGACAUUCAAGUUUGCAAUGAUUCAUCUGAGAAAGAAAC